AUGUGUCCUCCGAUCGCAGAACGAACCGUCGGCUCAGUUUUAGCCGUUAUCCUAGGUUCCGGAAUUUCUAUUUCGUCCGUGAUUAACAACUGUGUCUUAUUCUAUUGUCUGAUAAGGAGCAAAAAAUGUUUUCAAUGUUAUUUCCAGUUUCUACUCGUGUUGAGUUUGUUCGAUGGGAUAAUUUCUAUGUGUUAUGUGCCUGUGAUCCUUGUCGAUAGUUUAAAGGAUUGGUUGAAUUCAAUACUUCUCGCCAGACUAUGGUGGAGCUAUUUCGUCUACCUACUCGCGCUCACUCAUGUCUCAAUGACGGCGGCAAGUUUCGUACUAAUUUGCGCUCUACUCGAACGAUAUCUGAUCACUAUACGAUCCGCCCGUCUGAAGGCUUUCCAACGACGACGUACCAUGGCUUGUUUCCUCAGCCUCGCCAUCGCGUUGAUCACAAAAGGUGGAAUCUUUUUCGAGCUGGAUAUUUUCCCCGAAGAGGACGAAUCGUGUCGGGAUACUGUACACGAGUACUUCGUCGAUAUGACCGAGGUGAAUUCGAAUCCGAUUUACGGGACCGUGUAUCGGUUUUGGGUCCGGAAUAUCGUGACCGUAUUUGUCCCGUUCUUCCUGUUGACGUUGAUCAACUUCAAAACGCUCGUCGAAUUGAAGGCACAACUCAGAGAAGCGAAAACUCAAGAGGAACGGAAAUUUUCGGUUCGCGUUGAGAAUAAGAGUAAAGUACGAUCAGCUACAUGGACAUUGUUACUUGUAUGCCUACUGUAUCUCCUCUCAAAUCUGCCCAAUGUGAUCGUUACAGCGUGGGAAUUUAUCGAUAUGCAUUCGCUGCAGACAGAAUUCUUCGGUUUUUAUAUGUUCUCUACGGAUUUAGUAUCUUUACUAGUUGUUACCGCCUGUGCCAUGCGGCUACCAAUUUACAUGCUUUGCAAUCCUGAACUUCGACGGGUGAUCACCAGCACAAUGAGGGUCAACAUUAAGCCAAAAAUUCAACAAUGUAAAGCGGAUUAUUUGUAG